GGUUGGUGCUGCGCCGCCGCUGAGCUGGGAGCGGGGUCGGAGCGGAGCGGUCGAAGCAGUGAAGCACCUCACACAGCUGCUGUACCAACCUGCUUGUUUGCUUCCUUCCCUGCCUGAUGGAGCUGGCACUGGCACAGGACCCUCCUCAAGGCAGCCAGCUGAGCCUGGUGCAGAAGCACUAGUGGGACAUGGACGGUGGUGUGUGUGCCACCCUGGGAGGGACAAUGGCUCAGGGCACUGAGAGCAUCAACAGUGAUUACAAGGAUUGGGAGUGGAGUGCUGAUGCUGGGGAACGGGCCAGGCUCCUGCAGAGCCCCAGCGUGGAGACCAUGCCAAAGAGUGGAGAGAGCCAAGGGAAUGGUCUGGGGGCCACUUCGGCUUUGGGAGCUGUCUUCAUUGUGGUCAAUGCUGCCCUUGGGGCUGGGCUGCUCAACUUCCCUGCUGCCUUCAGCAUCGCCGGUGGUGUGGCAGCAGGCAUCGCAUUGCAGAUGUGCAUGCUGAUCUUCAUCAUUGGAGGCUUGGUCAUCCUGGCGUACUGCUCGCAGGCCAGCAAUGAGCGCACCUACCAGGAGGUGGUGUGGGCUGUCUGCGGGAAGGUGCCUGGCGUGCUGUGUGAAGUGGCCAUCGCUGUCUACACCUUUGGCACCUGCAUCGCUUUCCUCAUCAUCAUUGGAGACCAGGAGGACAAGAUCAUUGCUGCUCUAGUGACAGAGCCCGAGGAAGGUGGGAGCAGCCGCUGGUACACAGACCGGAAGUUCACCAUCAGCAUCACGGCCUUCCUCCUUAUUCUGCCCCUCUCCAUCCCCAAGGAGAUCGGUUUCCAAAAAUAUGCCAGCUCUCUAAGUGUGAUUGGCACUUGGUAUGUCACAGCAGUCAUUAUCAUCAAGUACAUCUGGCCCGACAAGGAGCUGGUACCUGUGGAGAUCCCCACCAGCCCCUCCACUUGGACUGCUGUCUUCAAUGCCAUGCCCACCAUCUGCUUUGGGUUCCAGUGCCACGUGAGCAGUGUGCCCGUCUUUAACAGCAUGAAGCAGCCGGAAGUAAAGACCUGGGGGGCAGUGGUGACAGUGGCCAUGGUGAUCGCCCUCUUUGUCUACACAGGCACUGGUGUCUGUGGCUUCCUGACCUUUGGAGCUGGUGUGGAGCAGGAUGUCUUGAUGUCCUACCCCUCCAACGACAUCCCUGUUGCCCUUGCCCGGGCCUUCAUCAUCCUCUGUGUGCUGACUUCCUAUCCCAUCUUGCACUUCUGUGGCCGGGCUGUCUUGGAGGGUCUCUGGCUCCGCUACACCGGGGUGACAGUGGAGGAGGACGUGGUUCGGGAGCGGAGGAGGCGCCUGCUUCAGACCAUCAGCUGGUUCCUCCUGACACUCCUCCUGGCUCUCUUCAUCCCUGACAUUGGCAAAGUCAUCUCUGUCAUUGGGGGCUUGGCUGCCUGUUUCAUUUUUGUCUUCCCAGGUAGGGCAUCUGGGGAUGCUAUGGGGCCAGUGGAGGUCUGGCCUUGUGUGUUGGGGAGGGAGAGAGCAGGAUGGAGACACAGGAACCAGGAGGUCUUUACAGAAAGACAAAACUGUGGUGUCAGGGCUCUGCCUGAUUCAAGCCAAGCUCUCUGAGAUCCAAGAAACCAGGGCAAUCAGCUGGUGGGCCCAGGUCAGCUAUGGAGUGUUCAUGGUCACCAUCGGAGCCUUCAUCUUUGGACAGACGACUGCCAAUGCCAUAUUCGUGGAUCUCACAGCCUGACUCCUCCUCCACAUUCCACCACACUGCUGCUGCUGAGGGGAUACAGAUUUCCCCUAGGACCAAAGGGAAAUUAGAAGAAAACAGGUUAUCAUGUUGGGAAUAUUCAAGAGGAAUGUUGUAAUCUGGGUCUUGGCUGACAGCACCCUGUGGUGGUUUGCAUCUUGUCAUCUUAACACACCAGGCUGUCAAGACUCCUUCUCUCAGGCCUGACUCUCUAGUGAAGACAGAGCAUCACUACAAGGAGACCUGUAGCCCAGAUCAAGCCCUUUCUGCCACUUCGGUGUAGAUAUCGCUACCUUAGACAUCACUAAGGGGUCACGUUUGGGGUUUGCCAAGGCAUGCUGCUCUCCUCCGUGUACCCCCAAGCUGGUGAGGCUCCUCCCCACAGCUUCAGCUCCUCCCAACAAUGGAGGGAGACUGUCUGUCUUCAUAAAGGGAGCUAGUAGCCAUGUUUGUCAGACAGGGCACCACUCCCGUGGUGUGUCAGUGCUUGGUUUGAACUCUGCUUUCCUGUGGCCCACCUUGCCUGUCUCCUGUCCUUAUUCUUACAUUGCCCUCCUCCUGGGCUGCACUUUCUGUUACUAAGUGGGAUACUGCCUUCAGCCUGAAUCUUUCUUGGAGGAUCAGGACAAUCCUGGACACACCAGUGCAAUGUUCUCCUUGCCAGGGAUUGCUCACUUGCUGGAGAAGGUGCUGUUGCUGUAUGGACCUACUAAAGAUACUAUGCAAGAGCAAACGCUCUUCACCAGAUUUCCAAUCCUGUUCUUCCAGGAGGUGUCCAGGGAAUGGAACUGGGCCAUGUGUAGGUUUUAAGGGAUGCUUUGGGGAUAAAGCAGUCAGUAUUAAUUCAUUUUAUAUAAUUCUCUUGGUGGUUUAUGCUCUCUGUGGCUGGUGUUGCUCUGAGCUGUCCCUCUGUUGCCUGUCUGGGUGAUAGUUUUACAUCUGCUUUUGCUGAGUUGAGCAGUUCCUCCAGCUGAAGAUUCAGCUGGGGGAGCUAAACCUCUGCAGCAAACCAUUCUUUUUCAGUCUUUAAGCUUGUUUUUUUUUUUCCUUGCUUGGCUUCUAAAACCCUGGGGUAGGGAGGAAUUCAUGUGUAUCUGUUGCUGCAUCUUUGAUGAGGGUCCAGCCCAGCUUAGUGCAAAAGCUGGCUUGGCCCCUCCUUGGAGAAAGAGGAAGAAAAGUCCCAAGUACAGCAUGAAUGUUUGAGGGAUGCUGUGAAGGCUGCAAGCUUCUUGUCACCCAACACCGCCAAGUCUUUCUCCUCAGGGUUGCUCUCAAUCCAGUCUCCGUCAGCCUGUGUUUGUGCUUGGGAUUGCCCCAAGUCAGUGUACAACUGUGCACUUGGCCUUGUUGAACUCCAUGAGGUUGGCACUGUCCCACCUCUCCAGCCUGACCAGGUCCCUGUGGAUGGCAAAAUAAGAGGAUGUGCACCCCACCUGCAGACUGCUCCUCCUGGGCAUGGGGAGCAGAGCACCACCUCUCAUGGAGCCCAGCAGCAGCUUCCAUCACAGAGGUGCCUUCCAGUGCCCAUCCUCUAUCAAGACAAGAGUGGUGUUUCUUACCCAGUGGGUUCUGUGGCUCUGGCUUUUGGUCCUGUGGCUGAAGUGGAGGCAGACACAGAGCCCCACAGCUUCAGUUGUCACCCUGAGAGACACUGGACUCCUCAGUACCUCUGAGGAGUCCUUGUGGCUGAGGGCAGGGGAAUACAGAGGUGCUGUGGCUGUUUCUCUGCCUUACUGCUCUCUUCACUGUUUACAGACGAUGGCAUUUUUAAAUGUAUUUUGUAUGUGCAGAAAACAGAGGGACUCAAUAAACAUGACAUUGUGGUGCA